GUUCUCGAGGCGCAUGGGCCGCUCCACCUCUCUUCUGCAAGACUGCCUGGAAGGAAAGCGAGACAAGAGGAAAGACGGCCCUGCAUACAACGUUUCAGGUAUCUUUUAAGGGGAAUCGGCAUGUCGUCGCUGCAGCCUCGGUUCGUGUGCAGGCCGCGGGGAUGUGGGGAGUCUGACGCGUCCCUGAAGAAAGUAAGCACAAUCUUGUGUGUACAUUGGCGCACUCCUGAGCCACGUUUCUAGCUUGCUUGUAUGGACAAAAACAAGAAGACGAGGAAGACAGGAACCUCGGAUCAGUGCGUUUUUGUUUGAUCAUUUUAUUCCAUCCCCUUUGCCACUUUUGCGACUUUGGGCAGUGGCAAUUUUUUUACGCAAAAAAAGUUUUAAAUGUCACAGCUGUCCAACAUGGAGACCCCCUCGGGUGAGGACGGGAGUCACAUACCGGAGAAGAGGUUCCCGCUGAUCUACAUCGGCUGGUCAGUGCUGGACCGCCGCACUUCGCUGCCAAUGCUCCCGUGGCUGGUGGCCGAGAUCCGGCGGAGGAGCGAGCGGGGCGACUGCGGCCCCGCCAUGCAGCCGCGGGAGGUGCAGUUGGUGCUCCACAGCCCUUUCCUCCGUUGCGUACCAUGCUCCUCUUCUUCCUCCUCCUCCUCCAACAACAACUAUUCGGUUUUUAUCUUCGAGCACAAGGCGCAGCACAUCUCCCGUUUCAUGCACAACAGCAACGACCUCACCUACUUUGCCUAUCUGUUGCGGGCCCACCCCGACAACCCCGAAGCUGAGAUGUCCUGUCACGUGUUCAAGGCCAGUGACCCCAACCAGGUGCCUGAGGUGAUUAGCAGUAUUCGCCAAGUGUCCAAAUCAGCCCUAAAGGAAGACACCAAACCAAAACAGGAAAAUGACGAGGCCUUCUACAAUUCUCAGAAGUUUGAAGUGCUGUAUUGCGGCAAGGUGAUGGUGGGGCACAAAAAAGCUCCCUCCACCCUCAUCGAUGACUGCAUUGAUAAGUUUCACCAACACGAGGUGAAGCGCAAACUUCUUCUCAAUGGUCAACGAGGCUCCGUGGACAAGGUCCCUGUUGAGUUCACUAUUGGGGCGGGAGGAGAUCCACUAUCCUCGGUUUUGAAUGAGAAGAAUGAAGACAGCAAAGGUCUUGGAGGGGAAGACACGACAGCGUCUGGCAUGUCCGUCAGCAGUAGUCAGAGCAGCCUGAGAGGAGCGUUCCCAGAGUGCAUCCUGGAAGAUUCAGGUUUUCAGGAACCGCAGGAGUUCCGCAUGCGCUGCAGCAGCAUGGCAGGAAGUCUGCAGAGGACAACCAGUGAAGGUGCCGGGAUGGACCCUGCACGACGCAGACAUGCUAGCGCUCCCAACCACGUACAGCCGUCCGAUUCGGAUAAAAACCGAACCAUGCUUUUCCAGGUUGGGCGUUUUGAAGUAAACCUCAUCAGUCCAGACAGCAAAACAGUGGUGCUGGAAAAAAACUUCAAAGACAUUUCAUCUUGUUGUCAGGCCAUCAAGCAAACGGACCAUUUUGGAUUCAUCUGUCGUGACUCUUCAGAAUCCGGUCCCAGCCAGUAUGUGUGCUUUGUUUUCCAGUGCGCCAGCGAGUCUCUUGUGGAUGAGGUGAUGCUGACCUUGAAGCAGGCCUUCAGCACAGCUGCCUCCUUACAGAGCAAUAAGACCUUGGUCCAGUUAUGCGAGGCUUGCCCCAUGCACGACUUGCACAAGCUCUGCGAACGCAUUGAAGGCCUCUACCCGCCCAGAGCAAAGCUGGCCAUCCAGAAAUAUCUCUCCCAGCUGCCUGACAAUGAACAAGUGGAGAUAUUCGAGCGAGUUCAGAGACUGAAGCCCAGUUCAGACCAAGAGGAGAAUGAGCUGGCCAUUCUGUCUCUCAGGCAACUCUGUGAAAGCAAGCAGAAGACCCACCUCCACAUUGGAGAGGCCCCUCAGAAUGCAAGCAACUCCGCAGGGGACGGCGCGGCCACGGGCAGCCGCUUCAAACUGGACAUCCUGAAGAACAAGGCUCGCUCAUCCCUCACCAGUUCUCUGGAGAACAUCUUGGCCCGGGGCGCCAGUCGGAUGCGGGGCCGUUUGGGAAGCAUGGGAAGCAUGAGCAGCUUUGACAAACAGGAUGAGGAACCCACGGGUGUCUCCCCUCCGGCUUCCCCGCCCCCUUUCCCUGAUGACGACCCCGAAGCGAGCCAGCAGUUCCGCCGGCGCGCACACACCUUCAGCCACCCGCCCGUGAAGAAGCGCAUCUCCUUUGAGGGCCAGACGGGCAACUCGGCCAAGCAGGCACCUCUGCUCAGGCAACAUUCGGCCACCUUGGAAGCGUUGCAAAGCAGUCCUGUGGUCGUGUCGAGAACGCGCAGUGUCUCGGAGAGCCAGUCCUUCAGCCUCCCCUCCUCCUCUCCCUCCUCCUUCUCCGCUCCCACUUUCCUGAAGAGCAUUUACCAGGGCUCAUUGGGCUCACUGGGCUCCCUGAGCUCGCUGACAGACAGUGGGAGCAUCAAGAGUUAUGGUGAAGGCAGGAAAAGGACACUGUCAGGCUGCAGCAGCGACUCAGUGAGCGGACCGUCCCCGUGUCCGCAUAGGGUCUCGUGGAGACAGAAGAUUUUCCUGAGGGUCGCCUCGCCCAUGGGCAAGACCUCCAUGCACCCCUCAGACCAGUCAGAUAACAGGGAGCUGUUGCCGCUGUCCCCUCGCGGCCCACAUUCGAGCGUGGACCCUCUAACCGGUGGCGGGGCUCGGCCCAAGAGGACAGGGGCCGACUACCGGACUCUGUGGAAAACCGCAGUCCGCCAGCAGAUCCUCUUGCUGCGUAUGGAGAAGGAGAACCAGAGGCUCGAGGCGAGCCGGGAUGAGCUGCACAUUCGCAAGAUGAAGCUGAGCUACCAGGAAGUUGGCCCCGACUCCCAGGAGGUGCAGGCAUUGUGGGAGAAAAAACUGACGGCACCGGGCAGAACUACAGUGCGGCAGGACCAGGAAGACCUAUACCGCGCCCUCUGCCAAGGCGUUCCCAAAAGUCGGCGCGGGGAGGUGUGGUUGCUGCUCUGCCACCAGCACCGCUUGUGUCGCAGACAUCCUCAGCGCCAGCCAGCUAACGACACGCCAUACAGGGAUCUGUUGAAGCAGCUCACCGCACAGCAGCACGCCAUUUUGGUGGAUUUAGGUCGGACCUUCCCCAACCUCGAGUACUUCUCAGCCCAAUUGGGUGCUGGACAACUUUCCCUUUAUAACCUGCUCAAAGCCUACUCUCUGCUGGACACGGAGGUGGGCUACUGUCAGGGAGUCAGCUUCGUGGCUGGCGUGCUGCUGCUGCACAUGAGCGAGGAGCAGGCCUUCGACAUGCUCAAGUUCCUCAUGUAUGACCUCGGCAUCAGACGCCAAUACAAGCCCGACAUGAUCUCUCUGCAAAUCCAGAUGUACCAGCUCUCCAGACUGCUGCACGACUACCACCGUGACUUGUACAAUCACCUGGAGGUGUACGAAAUCUCCCCAAGCCUGUACGCCGCGCCGUGGUUCCUCACGCUCUUUGCCUCGCAGUUCCCCCUCGGCUUUGUCUCGCGCAUCUUUGACUUUCUAUUUGUCCAGGGCACGGAGGUCAUCUUCAAAGUAGCCCUGUGCCUGCUGAGCAGCCACCAGGGGGAGAUAGUGGGGUGCGAUAGCUUUGAGAGCAUUGUGGACUACCUGAAGACAACUCUUCCUAGCCUCACUCAGACUCAGAUGGAGGAGACCAUUGCCAAGGUGACGGAGAUGGACAUCUCCAAGCAGCUGCAUGCAUACGAGGUGGAGUACCAUGUGCUGCAGGACGAGGUGACAGAAGGUGGCGCUACGCCCGAUGACUCGGAGCGCCUGGACAAAUUGGAGAAGACCAAUGUGCAGCUGAAGAAGCAGAAUAUGGAACUGUUGGAGAAACUUCAGGCGGCCCGGCAGAAGAUCCAAACCCUGGAAACCAACGUGGAGAACUUCCUUUCCCGCGAGAGCAAAAUGAAGCACGUGAUCCGCACACUGGAGCAAGAGAGGUCGGCCCACCAGAAGACAAUCGAGCGCAUGCGCUCCUGCCUCCCGCCUGAUGUACUCACCGAUGUGGAGAUGACCCACAUCAAGGCGCCAGCGGCGCCCGACGCAAAAGCCAAAGCCGGCGCUAAGAAGCCGUGAUUGCGAACAAAAGUGUACAGUGACUUGCGGAGGGGUGUAGUCGGUCUCCAGUUUUGACACACACACUACACUACUCAAUCACAUUGAUUUGAUUAUUGGGGACAGUACAGUGGAAUAUCUAAGGUCUGACCCACAGGAAAUUAUGGGGAGGAGAAAUAACCCUGGGUCUAACUUGACUUUUAUUCACUGUACAAUGCAAGUACUUGAAGUCACAAUUUCAUUUUAAUUUUAAUUGUGUCUUCAUUUUGACUUAAGAGAUUCCACUGUUAACUUCGUACCUUUCACUUCGCCCCAAGAAGGCACAGCCCAAGGGUUAAAAAAAGAGAGAAAAAAGAAAAAAAGGUCUUCUCGCCCAUCGACAACCCGUUAUACAUCUUUUUCCAAUCAUGAAUCUUUAUGUAGCAUUGACUGUUGUGUAAAAUCAAGCACAACACCCCAGAGUGGAUUUUUUUGAAGUAACACUCGCUUUUCUUACGAAUGGCUUUGCUUUUAUUCACUUGAAGCUUUUGCUGUUGUUGUUGAAUGUAUUUUUCGUCCAAAGAGAUUUUUCUUUCGUUUCCAGAAAAAAAAAAAAAAAAAAACAACUUGAGCUUUUCAGAAUGUCUUCUUCUCUUUAGGAGGAAGUGCCUCUUUCAAAAGCUCAGACAGGAUGUGAGGUCGUCUGCCUCGUCGGUUUCCUGUGUGACUGACCGCAGUGUCACCUCCAUGUCAGAACUCAAUCAAACAAAACGUUUGAGGAGGAGGAUUUGAAGAUUUUGCUUCCUUUUUUGCUGCUUUUGCCAAACCAAAACUCUUCUCACUCUGCUCUUGCGAGGGUUGAACAACAUAACACUUAUUUGAUUGUUCAGAAUUUGGUCAAUUGUGUCGAGUAGAUUGCUGAUGUCUUGAACAUGGAGAGCACGAUAUAGCUGUGAUAAGCUGAGGCACUCUUAAAUCACUCUCAACCAAUUUGCUGUCUAAAGAAAUCCAACGUGAUGUCAGUAGUGGCCUACAUCCACACUGUGACAAAAGAAUCAGAAAAAUGACAAGCUUUUUACAACUUUUUUUUCCCUGUAGUAUUAAAAUGACUUAUUUCUCAAAUAAUAAAACUUGUCAUUUUAAAAUCUGUCUGUACUGAUUCACUAUCCACUACUUUAUUGUCUAAAGAACACAUUAAAGUAUAAAAUAAUUCCUGUAAAUAUUAUUUACUUUUAAUUUUUAUAAUACUGUUUUUUUCCCCAUAAAGUGCAACUUCAUCCUCUUAUUAUGACUUAAACACAGAAGAACAACUUGACAUCAGCGAAUACCAACAUCCAUAUUACAGUACAAGGGAUUAGAACCAUUUCUCGUCAAGAAACAGUAUUACUUUUGUUUUCUUUGAAAAAAUAAGUAAAGUCAAGAGACUGAAACCAGCAGAGGUGCUGUCGAUUUUGUCUUGACUAGUUUGCUGUCUAGAGAAGGCUAAUAUGACAUCACAAUUAUCGUAAUAGAUGUGACGUUGGCACGGCAACAGGAGUCCAAAACAUUCAGAGAGAGAUUUCUUCAUCCAUUAAAAAAAAACAUGAGCAAAUUAACAAUCGAUGACUUGAAGGUUAAUUUUCUCCGUGGUUGGAAUGUUUGUACAAAGUUGUUUUUUUGUUUUUGUUUUUUGGUGCAGGUGAAUUGAUGUCCUUUUGCUGUGUGCUAAUUUGCUUCUUAAGUUUCCUUUUCACACAAGUUGCAUUGUUGCAGAAUAAUGGGUGUCUUUACUGGCACCUCACUUUUGUUUCAAGUGCGCCACCCUGUUUUGACUCACCUGUUCCGGUCCUGACUGAGAACGAAACAUCCCCGAAAUGAAAGCACAUUUGAUUCUGUCUGUCAGCCUCCUCAUCCUUGACAAGAUUUGUGUCUUUGUACACUCAUUUUUAAGUGCGAUGAGUGUGGAGUGUUUUUUUUUUUCUUGGCGUUUGCAUAUGUUUACCAGCACCUUUGCCUUGUUUUUGUUUUGCUCAGGUAGUGUGCUGAGUACUGGUGCAACACGUUUAUCUCCAGUUUGCGCUACUUGUCGGAAAUUGUCAAUGAAAACCAAAAGUGUUUGGUUUGUUUUGGGGACGAAUAAAAAAAGGUUUUGUA